GACGUAGCUCUCACGUGACAAAGAGCUGACGUGUGCAGAAGUCCUUCUUGCUCUGGUCGUUGUUCCCGUCUGAGUACCAGCUCCCCAUUGCCCUGAGGGCGAGCGGGCCUGCGGCAGAGGGAAGGAGGAGGAGAAGAAAACUGUCCGGGAUUCCUGCAGUCUUUCCGUAGGUUGCGGCACUACGCCAGGCUAGAGAAGAGGAAGGAAAUUAACCCUGAUCCGCGAAGGUCGAUUUAAGGGUCGGCUGUAGCAGGUGGCACCACUUGAAGCAAGGGAGGAAGUUUCCUCGGAUCAGCAGAGUAUCCCUUCCAUUUCAGGCUAGGGAAGGGGCAGGCAUAUGCAUGUUUUGGAUGUUAUAGAGAGGUUAAAAAAAUCUGACAACCUGAUGGUGAAUCAGGAAAGCAACGAAUGAACAGUCAAUCUAUCAAGCCUUCAGUUCUCCCUGGCUCUGGUCUCUCUGCAGAUUGCAAGGUUUGUUGGGCGUGGCACAUCUCCAGGGGAGGGAAGAAGGGGCAAGCUGCCUGUCUGGAGGAGGUCCACCUCCAGUAUCAGCUAUUGUGGCCUUGAAGUGGCUGAAGACAAUCACCCUUCACCGGCCUGCACCCAGACCGGGCCCAUAGCCCUCCUCCCCCAGCCUGAGUGACCACUCUGUUCCUUGGUCCCUGAUACUGUCAGGGACGAUUGCAUGGGCUACGCCAGGAAAGUAGGCUGGGUGACUGCGGGACUGGUGAUUGGGGCUGGAGCCUGCUAUUGCAUUUAUAAACUGACCAGGGGAAGAAAACAGAACAAGGAGAAAAUGGCUGAGGGAGGGUCUGGGGACGUGGAUGAUGUUCGGGACUGUCCUGGGGCCAGGUACAAUGACUGGUCUGACGAUGAUGAUGAUAACAGUGAGAACAAAGGUAUAGUAUGGUACCCACCUUGGGCCCGGAUUGGGACUGAGGCUGGGACCAGAGCUAGGGCCAGGGCAAGGGCCAGAGCUACCCGGGCUCGUCGAGCUGUCCAGAAACGGGCUUCCCCCAAUUCAGAUGAUACUAUUUUGUCCCCUCAAGAGCUGCAAAAAGUUCUUUGCUUGGUUGAGAUGUCUGAAAAGCCUUAUAUUCUUGAAGCAGCUUUAAUCGCUCUGGGUAACAAUGCUGCCUAUGCAUUUAACAGAGAUAUUAUUCGUGAUCUGGGUGGUCUCCCAAUUGUUGCAAAGAUUCUCAAUACUCGGGAUCCCAUAGUCAAGGAAAAGGCUUUAAUUGUCCUAAAUAACUUGAGUGUGAAUGCUGAAAACCAGCGCAGGCUUAAGAUAUACAUGAAUCAAGUGUGUGAUGACACAGUCACUUCUCGCUUGAAUUCAUCUGUGCAGCUGGCGGGACUAAGAUUGCUUACGAACAUGACUGUUACUAAUGAGUAUCAGCACAUGCUUGCUAAUUCCAUUUCAGACUUUUUUCGUUUAUUUUCAGCAGGAAAUGAAGAAACCAAAUUUCAGGUUUUGAAACUCCUUUUGAAUUUGGCUGAAAAUCCAGCCAUGGCUAGAGAACUGCUCAGGGCCCAAGUACCAUCUUCACUGGGUUCCCUCUUUAAUAAGAAGGAGAACAAAGAGGUGAUUCUUAAACUUCUGGUCAUAUUUGAGAACAUAAAUGACAAUUUUAAAUGGGAAGAAAAUGAAUCUAUUCAGAAUCAAUUCGGUGAAGGUUCACUUUUUUUCUUUUUAAAAGAAUUUCAAGUGUGUGCUGAUAAGAUUCUGGGGAUAGAAAGUCAUCAUGAUUUUCUGGUGAAAGUAAAAAUUGGAAAAUUCAUAGCCAAACUGGCUGAGCGUAUGUUCCCGAAGAGCCAGGAAUAACCUCUUGAUUUUGUAGCUUAGAAGCAACACACAUUGUAAACUAUUCCUUUUAUCCACCUUGUUUUUAUGGUAAAGGAAUCCUUUCAGCUGCCAGUUUUGAGUAAUGAAUAUCAUAUUGUAUCAUCAACGCUGAUAUUUAUCUGAGUUGGUCUUCAGGUAUAAGCUGGAUGAAUGAAUAUCACUAUCUGUUUUGAAAAUAUGUUUGUUGCUUUUUAUCUCGCUGCCUAGAUUGAAAUAUUUUUACUAUUUCUUCUGCGUAAGUGACAGUGAACCAAUUCGUCAUAAAUAAGCUCCCUCCUGUCAUUUGCAUUGACUUCAUUUGUGUAUCAUCAAUAAAAUUGUGUGUUAAUGCUGGAAAAAAAAGAAAGAAGGAAGAAAGAAACUAUCCUUGUCUUUUGGUUUAUGAUCUAGUUAGAUAAGAAACAUACGAACAAAAAGAUAACAGAAUAUCUUGAGCAUAUACUUAUUGUGAAAUAUGUGCACUCAGUGCAGAAGAAGCAAAGACUUUUGUGGGAUACAGUAGUCAGCUACAGAUUUAUGGAGGAAGUGUCCAUUUAAAAUGAGUCCUGAAUGGGGCAGGUAGUUAGGGCAUUCCAUGUGAUGGGAGUGAGGGUGGACCAGUGUGAGAAAGGCAUGGAGGUAGGAACUGUCUUCCUAUGACAGUGAGGAGACUAGUCUGCUUAGAGGGGAGAGUGUGAGGAGUGAAAGUAAAUAAAUUUGGAAAGCUGACUGAAGCUAGUUUGUGGAGAGCUGUUUGAAUAUUAUCCCACUGAACACUGAGAGCCACUAAAUAAUUUUGACAAGAAAGAAUAAUUAGAAUUUGUAUAAAACUCCCUCUCUAACUUACUGUGCAUUGUCCGCGAGGGUGUGGCAAAAUGGACCCAUUCAAACCCUGGUGGUAGGAAUAAGCUUAUGCUGGCACAAGGUUUGUGGACAACCAUUUGGUAAUAUACAUCACAAGCCUUAAAAUAUAUAAACCUUUUGUCCUAAGGAAAUAAUUGAAUCAUUAGUUAAAGAUUGUAUAUAUAAGACUGUUCAUCCCAGCACUGUCUAAUAUAGGAAAAAUGGAAACAAUUUAAAUGUCUUGCACACUGGAUUGGUUGAAUAAAUUAAGGAAUGUUCACAUGGUAUAAGAUAAAUAUGUUGAUUGGAAUCCAUAUUGCCAGGAAAAGAUAUUCAUCAUGCAUUGUUAGGUGAGAAAGGUAGGUUAGAUAGCAGUAGUAAUAGUGUGAUUCCACUUUCUUUGAGAAUAUAAAAUAUGUUUAAGUAGACAUUAAAAACUCUAGAAUUACAGACACCCAAAUAGUAACAGUGGUUAUAUUUGGGUGGAAGGAUAGAGUGAUCUUUACUUUUUCACUUUUUAUUCAUCUCUGUGUUCUUAUUUAUCUAAAACAAAUAUUGAUCUUUCAAAACUUUUUGAAAAAGUGUUGGGAAUGAAGCAAGUGAUUGGAGCAUGUAUUGGGUGCAAAAAUAUUUAGAUUAAAAAUGAGAUGGGUUGAAGCUUUCUCUCUGAAAUAAUAGAUGAGUGGUGACAGUGGGGCUUGUGAGGAUUAAAUGAAGUAACACAUGCAAAAUAUUCAGAAUGUUCUGGCAUAUAGCAGUUAAUUAAGAAAACUGAGCACGUUUAAUUACUUAGAAUUCAGGGUUGAUAGUUUCUUUGGUUGAUCUUUGUUUUACUGGGGGCAUUCUGCCAUGUGUUAGUGUCUUUUAAUAAAUAAUAACAACAAUAAAGGUUAGCAUUUAUUAAGUGA